AUGGCAGCCGUCUUACAAGGCUAUGUCCCCCAUCCCACGAACAAAAUGAAAGCAGCUCGGUGGAUGGGCAGACGAGAUGUCGAGAUCGGUCUCGUUCCCAAACCGACCAUUACCGACCCCAGCGACGCCAUCAUCCAAGUAACCCACUGCACGAUCUCCGGCUCCGAUCUACAUCUAUACGAAGGAGAUCUAGGAUAUAUCAUGUGA